AUGAGGAUCGCAACCUCAGCGCUCCUUGCGGGCAGCGCUACCGCCCUCUUCAACCACCAGCCCGCCCAGCACGUCCUGUCAGACAGCUUUGAGGCUCUUAAGCCCAUUGCCGACAAGCUCAGCGGCAAUGGCGCCCUCAAGUCUCUGGAGGAGGCCAUGAAGGGCAUGACCUCCGAGGCCAAGGCUCUCUGGGACGAGGUCAAGCUCUUGGUUCCUGAUGCCGGCGACAAGACCACCUUCUUCAGCAGCCCCAAAAAGCACACCCGCCGCCCCGACUCCCACUGGGACCAUGUCGUCAAGGGUGCCGAUGUCCAGAAGCUCUGGAUCCAGGGUGAGGAUGGCGAGAAGCACCGCAAGGUCGGCGGCCGCCUCGAGGACUACAACCUGCGCGCCAAGGCCGUUGACCCUUCCAAGCUCGGCGUGGACAAGGUCAAGCAGUACAGCGGUUAUCUCGAUGACGAGGCCAAUGAUAAGCACCUCUUCUACUGGUUCUUCGAGUCGCGAAACGACCCCAAGAACGACCCUGUGGUCCUCUGGCUGAAUGGUGGCCCGGGCUGCUCUUCUUUGACCGGCCUCUUCUUCGAGCUCGGUCCCUCGUGGGUCAACGAGAAGGAGAAGCUCGACUUCAACCCUUUCGCCUGGAACAGCAAUGCUUCCGUCAUCUUCCUCGACCAGCCUGUCAACGUCGGCUACUCCUACUCCGGCUCUUCUGUUAGCAACACGGUGGCCGCUGGCAAGGAUGUCUACGCGCUCCUGACUCUCUUCUUCACUCAGUUCCCCGAGUACGCCAAGCAGGACUUCCACAUUGCUGGCGAGUCCUAUGCUGGCCACUACAUUCCCGUCUUCGCCUCUGAGAUUCUGUCGCACAAGAACCGCAACAUCAACCUCAAGUCCGUCCUCAUUGGCAAUGGUCUGACCGACGGUUACACUCAGUACGAGUACUACCGCCCCAUGGCCUGUGGCGACGGCGGCUGGCCUGCUGUGCUUGACGAGUCCGAGUGCCAGUCCAUGGACAACGCCCUCCCUCGCUGCCAGUCCAUGAUCAACAACUGCUACGAGUCCGGCAGCGUCUGGUCCUGCGUGCCCGCCUCCAUCUACUGCAACAAUGCCCUCAUCGGCCCGUACCAGCGCACCGGCAUGAACGUCUACGACAUCCGCGGCCCCUGCAAGGACAACAGCAACCUGUGCUACCCCCAGCUGGGCUACAUCUCCAAGUACCUGAACCGCAAGGACAUCAUGGACGCCCUCGGCGCCGAGGUCGACUCGUACGACUCGUGCAACUUUGACAUCAACCGCAACUUCCUCUUCCAGGGCGACUGGAUGCAGCCCUUCCACCGCCUCGUCCCCAAGCUGCUCGACCAGAUCCCCGUGCUCAUCUACGCCGGCGACGCCGACUACAUCUGCAACUGGCUCGGCAACCAGGCCUGGACCGAGGCCCUCGAGUGGAAGGGCAAGAAGGCCUUCAACGAGGCAGAGGUCAAGGACCUGCUGCUCGCCUCCGGGUCCUCUUCCUCCGCCAGCGGCGACAAGAAGAGGAAGGAGUACGGCAAGGUGAAGGCCAGCGGCAACUUCACCUUUAUGCGCAUCUACGACGCCGGCCACAUGGUGCCGUACGACCAGCCCGAGAACUCGCUCGACUUCUUCAACCGGUGGUUGGGCGGCGAGUUCCUCGAGGCGUGA